AUGGCAAUAGGUGUCGCUUUAUGGCUUUGUCCCAAACAAAAUAGUACAAUUUAUGAUAAAUUGACUACUCUAAUGGGUUCGUUGAAUACCAUAUUCCCGGGGCAAGCACCCAAAUUUGAUCCGCAUGUGACUAUAACCACCAAUGUUGAUAUAAAUCUAGAUGAUUCCAAUAAAACAAGAGACGAUGUUGAUCGAAUAUUACUGGCAAGUGCAGUUGCAAUGAAUUCGUUACCUAAAAAUCAUGAAAGUUUAAUAAAAUUAGGGAAAAUUAAUAGUCAGAGAAAGUUUUUCAAGAAAUUAUACUUUCAAGUAGGUAAAGAUCCUAAUUUAUUAUCAUUUGCAAGAAUUAUUCGAGAACUAUUUGUAAUUUUACCAGAAAUUAUUGACCGGGAAAAUAAAAUCCAUAAUCCUCAGUUAUAUACCCGUGAUAGCCACGGAGAGAUAGUUUUGAAAUCGAAGAUAAAAAAACCAAAGUCUCAUCAUUCUCCCGAACCAGAAUCCAAUUUGAAACCUUUGGAUAUGGAUAGAAUACAUCAAGAGUCCGCUGUAGCAGCUGCUGAGUGGGUGGUUGAUGAAUUUGAUCCCCAUCUUUCUUUGGUUUACAGUGACAUCCAUCCAAUUGACAGUGCAUUAUGGAGAACCAUAAAGACCAGAGUGCUGGACUACUUGAAUAUCGAUAAUUGUGACUCCGAGUUCAUUGACGAUAACGGACUUGGCUGGAACGGUGGUGUUUUGAAACUAGUCCUUUGUGAGGGUGACGUGAACGACUGGGUCACCUUAGGCAGUGUUGAUAUACAUUGA